AUGCAUCUCGUGGUUGGAGUAAGAGCAAUCGUUCUGUUUGCCUCAUCUGCUUCAGCAGCCCUAAUUGGAAGACAAUCUGGAACCACGAUAGCAACUUUGCCCAAUGACGCGUGGAUCGAAAGUAUAUUCGCUCGAUCAAAUGGCCAACUACUGCUGAGCCGCCUCGACACUCCCGAGCUAUGGACCCUUGACCCCUCGGCCAAGCAGACCUCCAAGCUCGCCGGCUUCCCUAAUGCUCUCGGACUGACUGGCAUCACCGAAAUCUCGCCAGAUGUCUUUGCCGUCGUCUCCGGAAACAUGACCGUAAAGGGGUCCAUUAGCUACACGCCGGGAACAUGGGGAGUCUGGAAGGUGGACCUGACCAGCUCGGACCCCAAAACCACAUUCGUGAAGCAGAUUCCCGAGGCCGGCUUCCUCAUCGGUGUGACUCCUUUCAACAACGAUACCGUCCUCGUCGCGGACGCGGGAAAAGGGUCGCUGUACCAACUGAGCAUCUCCACUGGCGCAUACAGCGUCGUUCUCUCAGACGCCACUAUGAAAGCCGCCUCGAACGCCCCCAUCGCAGAAGGCAUCCACGGGAUCAAGUACUCCAACGGAACCGUGUACUUUACUAACACGUUCGGGAACGGGUUCUACAAAGUCGCCAUCGACCCCACGACGGGAAAGAGUACAAGUUCCGUUACGCCCGUCUUAGCGUCGGUUACGAAUCCAGAAGACUUCGUGCUUGGCGCGGAUGGGUCGGCGUUCAUGGCGACGCUAAGUGCAGGUGUGAUCAAGGUAACGCCGGAUGGGAAGUCAAGUAGGGUUGUUUCGACUUCUUCGCCGUCUUCUUGUGCGUUUGGCAGGGGGGCGGGGGAUAAGGGGACUUUGUAUAUCUCGACCAGUAGUGGGACGGUAUCUUCUAUUGAUGCUAGGUAG